CUGGCUCGGCUGAGCAGGUCUCUCAACUACCACCACCACCGCAGCAACAGGAAGUGCUCAUAAUGCCAGUCGCCUCGCCGGAGGUCUUGCAGAAGAGGCUGCAGGAGGUGGCACUGGAGUUGGAGGUCUCGCGAACGCGAGUCGCUGAACUGACUCGACAGAUUGCUGGUCUGCAGGAGAAGCUCGAAGUAUCGAAGAAGGAGGCCGCCGCGAAGGAAACGGAAAAAGCUGGCUCAGACGAACAGCUGUUGACAGCCCUGUCGCAAACACGUGCCCGCAACGUCUCCCUCUCCCACGAACUGGCCUUCAUUAAGGAGCAGAAUUCGCAACUUACCAACACCAAGGACGUCCUCGAGUCGCGC